AUGCUGGCCUGUUACCGACCCCCGGGGAACGAGACGCUGCUGAGCUGGAAGGCCUCGCGGGUCACAGGCACGGCCUUCCUGCUGCUGGCGGCGCUGCUGGGACUGCCGGGCAAUGGCUUCGUAGUGUGGAGCUUGGCGGGUUGGCGGCCCGCAAGGGGGCGACCGCUGGCGGCCACGCUGGUGCUGCACCUGGCGCUGGCCGACGGCGCGGUGCUGCUGCUCACGCCUCUCUUCGCGACCUUCCUGGCGGGGCAGGCGUGGCCGCUGGGCCAGGCGGGCUGCAAGGCGGUGUACUACGUGUGCGCGCUCAGCAUGUACGCCAGCGUCCUGCUCACCAGCCUGCUCAGCCUGCAGCGCUGCCUCGCCGUCACCCGCCCUUUCCUGGCGCCCCGGCUGCGCAGUCCGGCCCUGGCCCGCCGCUUGCUGCUGGCCGUCUGGCUGGCCGCUCUGCUGCUCGCCGCCCCGGCCGCCGUCUACCGCCACCUGUGGGGAGACCGCGUGUGCCAGCUGUGCCACCCGUCGCCGGCCCACGCCGCGGCCCACCUGAGCCUGGAGACGCUGACCGCCUUCGUGCUUCCUUUCGGGCUGGUGCUCGGCUGCUACGGCUUGACGCUGGCGCGGCUGCGGGGCGCCCGCUGGGGCGCCGGGCGGCGCAGGACGCGGGUGGGCCGGCUGGUGAGCGCCAUCGUGCUCGCCUUCGGCUUGCUCUGGGCGCCCUACCACGUGGUCAACAUUCUGCAGGUGGUCGCCGCGCUGGCUCCGCCGGAAGGGGCCUUGGCCAGGCUGGGCGGGGCGGGCCAGGCAGCGAGAGCUGGAACUACAGCUUUGGCCUUCUUCAGCUCCAGCGUCAACCCGGUGCUCUACGUCUUCACCGCAGGGGAUCUGCUGCCCCGGGCAGGUCCCCGCUUCCUUACAAGACUCUUUGAGGGCUCUGGAGAGGCCCGAGGCGGGGGCCGCUCUAGGGAGGGGACCAUGGAGCUCCGAACUACCCCUCGGCUCAAAGUGGUGGGGCAGGGCCGGGGCGAUGGAGACCCUGGGGGCGGGGUGGAGAAGGACAGUCAGGGAUGGGACCCUUGA